AUAUAUCAACAGCUCACUCUAGCUUGAGUCUUCUUCUUCUUCUUCUUGAUAUUUUUCUCUUUCUCUCAUUACCCACCAAUCAUCAUCAUCAUCAAUGGAGUCUCGGCUACUCACUGGUGCUUCUUCAAUCAUCGGCAUUCCCCAGCUCAGGAAGCCUCCGGCUAGACUGACACCAACAUGCUUCGCCAUCGCUAAGCCGAUCGGUCCAAUCGCCGACGGCGGCAACCUCAUUUGGGGAAGACAGCUCCGACCCUCAAUCCUCCUCUUUGAGACUAACCCAAUGGCUGUUGCUUAUAAUAAUCAUCCAUGCACCUCCACCACCACCACCACAAAACGCCAGAUUCUCCGACCAGUCCUCGCCGCAGCAUCCUCACCUCCGGCCGAUUCCUCCGGGGAAGCCAAGGUCGGAUUCUUGAACAAGUACCCUUUCCUUGUUACCGGAUUCUUCUUCUUCAUGUGGUACUUCCUCAAUGUCAUCUUCAACAUACUCAACAAGAAGAUCUACAAUUAUUUCCCUUACCCUUACUUUGUGUCCGUUAUUCAUUUGUUUGUUGGGGUAGUCUACUGUUUGAUAAGCUGGUCUGUUGGUCUCCCUAAACGUGCUCCUAUUGACGCAAACCAGUUGAAGCUGCUGAUUCCAGUGGCUGCAUGCCAUGCAUUAGGGCAUGUCACCAGCAAUGUGUCGUUUGCCGCUGUUGCAGUCUCGUUUACCCACACGAUUAAAGCCUUGGAGCCUUUCUUCAAUGCUGCUGCUUCUCAAUUCAUUCUUGGACAGUCAAUUCCAAUAGGCUUAUGGCUGUCGCUGGCUCCUGUCGUCAUUGGUGUGUCUUUGGCUUCACUCACUGAGCUUUCUUUCAACUGGCUGGGUUUUAUCAGUGCUAUGAUUUCCAACAUUUCCUUCACUUACAGGAGCAUUUACUCUAAGAAAGCCAUGACAGACAUGGACAGUACAAACGUCUACGCCUACAUUUCAAUCAUUGCACUCAUUGUUUGUCUUCCACCUGCCAUUAUUGUUGAGGGGCCACAACUACUUAAGCAUGGAUUCAGCGAUGCUAUUGCCAAAGUUGGUUUGACAAAGUUCCUUACGGAUCUGUUCUGGGUCGGAAUGUUCUAUCACUUGUACAAUCAGUUGGCAACCAACACACUGGAGAGGGUGGCACCACUCACUCACGCUGUUGGAAAUGUGUUGAAGCGUGUCUUUGUUAUCGGUUUCUCUAUUCUGGCAUUCGGUAACAAAAUCUCGACACAAACUGGUAUCGGGACGAGCAUUGCCAUAGCUGGAGUGGCUCUCUAUUCACUUAUCAAAGCUAGGAUGGAAGAAGAGAAGAGGAAAGCAAAACCAGCAUAAAUGUUGAUGGGGGAUGGGAUGGAUGGAGCUAGGCAUUUGUUGUAAAUGCGAAUUUGUCGAAAUAAGUGGAGGAUUUGUAAAAUUUAAUCCUGAAACUAAGAUCUUAUUCGAAUUUGGUUCUAUUUUGAGGGAAUGGAGGUUUCUCUUUUCUUUGCUUUAAUCUGUCAUUUUAAUACUCACUGCAACCAAUAAUAUACUAUGAUUUCAUUCAA